GUCCGGAAUUUUCAGAUUAUAAAUAGUAUAUACCACCCUCAUAAAAAAAUAAAAAAUAAAAAAAAAUCAAUUCAUCAUCAAAAAAAAAUAUGGCAAAUUUGCUUGUUGUACUCUACACUGCACUUGUGUGGUGGUGCUACUUGUUGUGCAACAUCUCUGCAGCCACUUCCAUGGCAAAUGAAACAGAUAGAGUUGCAUUGGUGGCAUUCAAGGCAGCAAUAGAUGAAGACCCAUUCGGUGCCCUCACUUCCUGGAAUCAUUCAGUCCACUACUGUCUCUGGAACGGCAUUUUGUGUAGUCGUCGACAUCCUGAUAGAGUUAUUGGGAUAACUCUAAGGUCCCACGGCCUGGUUGGAUCGCUCUCACCUCAUAUAGGAAACCUCUCCUUCCUCAAGAGCCUCGUUCUUGAAAACAAUAGCUUCCAAGGCCCAAUCCCCCCAGAGAUGGGUCGCUUGUUCCGGCUUCAAAUAAUGGCACUCAACAACAAUUCAUUUGGUGGUGCAAUACCUACCAACCUGUCGCAUUGCUUGAGCCUCCAAUACCUGAACUUGAUCGACAACAACCUGACCGGAAACAUCCCAACUGAGCUAGGCUCUUUUCCAAAGCUUAUAACUUUAUACUUGGGUAAAAACAAAUUUUCCGGAACCAUCCCUCCUUCCAUUGGAAACCUCUCGUCUCUUUCCAAACUCUCUUGCGUAUAUUGUAAUUUGCAUGGGGAGAUUCCGGGGGAAAUUGCUAGGCUUCGAGGCCUGAUUUUUUUGCAGUUAUCCGCAAAUAAUCUAUCUGGCAAGAUUCCUCCCGGCCUUUACAAUAUCUCCACUAUCCAGUACUUCGGCUUAGCUCUCAACCAACUUCAUGGAAUCAUUCCCACUGAUAUAGGCUCCUCAUUUCCUAAUCUCAAGAUGCUUUAUAUUUUCAACAAUUUGUUUACUGGAACAAUUCCUACUUCACUGUCAAAUGCUUCGGGGCUUGAAAGGAUGAGCUUCUCUAAUAAUGAUUUCAGUGGGACAAUGCCGAGAGAUCUUGGAAAACUUUUGGGUCUUCAGUGGAUAAGCGUUAAUCUAAAUCGGUUGCAGGAUGACCUCACUUUUAUUUCGUUUCUAACAAAUUGCACCAGUUUACAACUUAUUGAAGGAAGUGGAAAUCUUCUCAGAGGUUCAUUGCCUGACUCCGUCGCUAAUCUCUCCACAAAUCUAUAUUUGAUGAAUUUGGAAAAUAAUCAAAUGCAUGGAAACAUUCCUUCGGGCAUCGGGAACCUCCUCAACCUCACUGUCUUGGCUAUGGGAAGGAAUUAUCUUACUGGCCCUAUUCCACCGUCCAUUGGCAGACUUCAAAAUCUGCAUACUCUGAAUUUGCAGCUGAACAAAUUCACAGAACUUCCAUCUUCACUUGGUAAUUUGACUCUCUUGAAUAUUCUCAGAUUGGGAGCAAACAACAUCCAUGGAAGCAUACCUUCAAGUUUGGGUGAUUGUCAUAGCUUGCUGGAAUUCGACCUUUCUGAAAAUAAUCUCAAUGGUUCAAUACCCCCUGAAAUUAUGAGUCUCCCAUCCAUUUCAACCUUACUCCGGUUAAGUUACAAUGCACUAACCGGUUCUCUUCCAUCAGAAGUCUCUUUGACAAAACUUGCAAACAUGGAUGUAUCCUAUAAUAGAUUAUCAGGACCCAUACCAAACACUCUGAGCAAUUGUUUGAGUCUGGAAUGGCUUCAGUUGGAGGCCAAUUCAUUUGAAGGAGAGAUACCUCAAAGUUUGAGCAUGCUGAGGGGUUUAAGAAUGUUGGAUCUUUCACGCAACAAUUUGUCAGGGAUGAUCCCAAGUUAUCUAGGUGAGCUUCAACUAGAUAUGUUGAAUUUGUCUUUUAAUAUGCUACACGGACAAGUUCCCACACAAGGAGUGUUUCAAAAUCCAAGUGCAAUUUCAAUUGCCGGAAAUAAUGAUCUAUGUGGAGGUAUUGCAAAAUUAGACCUUCCUCCUUGUCCAUCCUCCAAAUCAAGCAAGAAUAAACUAUCACACAAGAUGAAAAUGAUACUACUAGUGGUUAGUGUUGUGAUAUUUUUAUCUUUGUUAGUUAGCUUCUUUAUAUUUCUUCAACGGUGUCAUGCUUCAAAAAAGAAGACCUCUAGCACACCAUCAAUCAAACAUCAAUUUUUGAGGGUUUCUUAUGCAGAGCUUCUCAAAGCCACCAAUGGAUUCUCAGAGGCUAAUCUAGUUGGUGUUGGGAGCUAUGCUUCAGUUUACAAAGGGAUUCUUGAUCACGUUCAGGUGGUUGUGGCAGUAAAAGUGCUUAAUCUUCAAACUAGAGGAGCUUCUAAGGGCUUCAUCUCAGAAUGCAAAGCACUAAGAGAAAUAAGGCAUCGAAAUCUAUUGAAAAUUUUGAGCGUUUGUUCCAGUGUGGAUUUCCAUGGUAAUGAAUUCAAAGCUCUGGUAUAUGAAUUUAUGGCCAAUGGAAACUUGGAUAAAUGGUUGCAUCAAGUUGGAAUGGGAGACCAUGGGCAGCUAGAAGAAUCGAGAAGAAAUCUUAAACUAACCCAAAGGCUGGACAUUGCCACUGAUGUCGCUUCUGCACUAGAGUAUCUUCAUUGCGGUUGUGAGUUGACAAUUAUUCAUGGUGAUCUAAAGCCAAGUAAUGUUCUUUUGGAUGAUCAGAUGACGGCCCAUAUUGGAGAUUUUGGGUUGGCAAAAAUUAUUUCUACCUUUUCAAGUGAUGUGGCACAAGGUCAAAGCAAUUCAGUUGCAAUAAGGGGAACCAUAGGCUAUGUUGCUCCAGAGUAUGGCAUGGGGGACAUGGCUUCCACACUAGGGGAUGUAUACAGCUUUGGGAUUCUUUUAUUGGAGAUGUUUACAGGUAAGAGGCCAAUCGACGAUACGUUUAAGGAUCAUCUAAAUCUUCAUAACUUCGUUAAGGAUGCUUUGCCUGAUCGAGUGAUGGAGAUUGUGGAUCCCUACAUCCUAUUGGAGCAUAGGACUAGAAGUUGGAUUAUAGACUGCAUGGUUUCCGUUCUACAAAUUGGGGUUGCAUGUUCAAUGGAAUCGCCAAGAGAUCGAAUGAAAAUGGGGAGUGUUAUUAGCGAAUUGUGUAAGAUCAAAAAUACUUGCAUGAAUGAAGGGUUGAACCAGGACUAGAAACUAGGAGGAGGAUUUGCACCAUGAAAACCAAAGGUUACUUCCAAGGUCCUCCAUUAAUGCUACCUCAACAAUAUGCUACUUCAACAGCCAAGAGAAUACAAGUGGUGGCUUUACGUUAUUGUUGGCUUAGCAAUCUUUAAUCUAUUGCUUGUUAAGUAACUGUCACUUUUCUCCUUUGGUUAGAUUGUAUUAUAUCAAACAUAUGUUCAUGUGGGAUGUUAUGUUUCCAGCUAAGAUUGUGUGCUUGGGAUUACCAAUAUUUAUUCCUAUUAAAUUAAAACUAUCAUUUCGUUGUUUCUUGACUUUUCGUUGAAA